AUGCGCUGUCAUUGGUCUUCGUCACAGGCCAGCCUCUCAGCUGUUUAGAGGAGGAGUUCACAACACAUUUGGCGCUAGUUUGACGGCGGGUCAGAGUGGUGAGGAGCAUUGAGGCUUACGAGGUGUAAUUUUUACAGCUAUUGUGAAUACAAUUUCAACUUUAAUCAGGUCUGUUUCCUGGUUUUAAACUAAAAAUGCCCAGUACUCGCUCACAGAAUCAGCCCACCCUUCAGUUCCCUAGAAGGAAGUCUUCCAGAUUGGGUUCUCGACCUAAAAGCUCUUCUGAGAAUGCCGCAGAUGUCCAGGCCACCCCUCUGUCCCCUAGAAAGACAAAUGUGGGGGAUUCGCUUGCCGUCUGUCAGUCUCCCAGAAACUCUGUGUUGAAAAACACCUCUCUGUCUGAGAGGCUGCCCCUGAGCCCUCGUAAACGCACAGGUGACGAAAACGGAUGUAACCUCCCAUCUUCUAUGCUUGGCUCUCCGCCUAAGCAGCGCUGUGCUCCUCUGUGCUCCCCUCGUAAACUGUCCUUCAAUGAGAACACACCGGUCUUCUCCUCACCUCCACGUCCCACCCCGUCCUCACCGAAAAUUCCUCUGUCUCCUAUUUCUUGUCCAUCGCCAAAACGGCUGCAUGAGACCCCCUGCACCAACACGAUCCCCCGUACAGAGGGAAAAAUCCCUGUUACACGACUGUUUCCUGAAAAAAAUUCGGGUUAUCAGAGCAUAAAGCAGGCUCUUCACACUGCAGUACCUGAACGUCUUCUCUCUCGUGAGGCAGAGAGAGCUGCCAUUGUCUCCUUCCUGGAGAACCAUGUAGUGGCGGAAAAACCCUCCAGCCUCUAUAUCUCUGGCGCUCCUGGCACAGGCAAGACUGCCUGUCUAAACUGUGUCCUCCAGGAACAAAAAGCUCUGUUGAAAGGAGUUCAUACUGUGGUUAUCAACUGUAUGAAUUUGCGCAGCUCUCAUGCCAUCUUUCCAUUGCUGGGAGAGAGACUAGGGGUUCCCAAGGGCAACAGCGAGGCUCGGCUGGAGAAACUCCUGACCAGUUCUGGGCCCACUGUGCUGUUGGUUCUUGAUGAGAUGGACCAGUUGGACAGCAAGUCUCAGGAGGUUCUCUACACCAUCUUUGAGUGGCCUUACCUGCCCAAAUCUCGUGUUUGUCUCAUUGGUAUUGCUAAUGCAUUGGACCUGACAGACCGUAUUCUGCCCAGACUGCAGGCAAAACCACAUUGCCGACCCAAACUGCUCAACUUUCCUCCCUACAGUCGUGAGGAGCUCAAUGCAAUCGUCCUAGACCGGCUCACACAAGUGUCAGGUGAAGGUGUUUUGGAUGCAGCAGCAGUUCAGUUCUGCGCCAGGAAAGUCUCUGCAGUGUCAGGAGAUGCCCGUAAAGCACUCGACAUCUGCAGGAGGGCUGUGGAGAUCGCGGAAGCAAGUGACAGGUCUAAAACGGCAUCUGAACCUGCGGUCAGCCCUAAAGCAGUGUCACGGGUGAGCGUUCCUCAAGUGGCACGGGUUUUGUCUGAGGUGUAUGGCGACCGCAUGGCUUCCAGCAGUGGGGACGGUGAGAGUUUCCCAUUGCAGCAGAAACUUCUGGUCUGCUGUCUGCUUCUCAUCAUUCGUAACGGCAAGAGCAAAGAGGUCCAGUUGGGCAAGCUGUGUGAAGUGUACAGUAAGCUUUGUAAGCAGAGGCAGGUCAGUGGAGUCGGACAAACGGAGUGUCUGUCUCUGUGCAGUCUGCUGGAGAGCAGAGGAAUCCUCACACUCAAAAAGGCCAAAGAGGCUCGACUGACUAAAAUCUCCCUGAAGAUUGAAGAGCGAGACGUAGAGAACGCUUUGAAGGAUCGAACUCUCCUUGGUAGCAUAUUAGCGGCUGGUCUGCCAUAAUCUACAUGAAAUUUUUUACUUUUUAAUAUUUUAUUUUAUAUUGAUGAGCUGUGAAAGUCUUGUUUAAAAUGAGAUUUGCUUUUUUUUUUUUCUUUUUCUUUUUUAAGAGGGAUGAUUUGAUCCAAAAGGGUUAAUGUUGUUUUAUGUUUGUGUCAAACGUUUUUCCUGCCUUUUAAAGUGUAGGGUGGUUUUUUUUGUGUUAUUAAAUUGGAAUAAAUUCUCCUUUGAUGCUUCAAAACAGAAGACAUUGCCUUCUAUUUUAUUUUGUACAUCAGCUUUGUAAUGGUUUUUAGGGAUACACUUUUAAUAAAGCAGAAUGUACAUAAGUUUGA